AUGGGACUGUUCUACAGCAAAAGUGAGACAGAACCCUCUCCAUGCAACUUGCUUACUGUAAAAGUCAUACAGAUGAAAAAUGCCAGGAAAGCAGACUUGUUAACUCAGUCUGAUUGCUAUGUGAGCCUGAGCCUGCCAACAGCUUCAGUGCAGCAUUUCCGCACCAAGACAGUCCAGAACAGCAAGAAUCCAACAUGGAAUGAAACCUUCCACUUCACGAUUCAGAGCCAGGUUAAGAACAUUCUGGAACUAAAAGUUUGUGAUGAGGACAAUGUAACUCAAGAUGACCAUCUCCUCACUGUAUUCUUUGAUGUCUCCAAAAUCCAGCUUGGGGAAAACAUUCAGCUAAGUUUCCAGCUGAAUCCACAGGGAAAAGAGGAGCUGGAGGUUGAAUUCACAAUGGAGAGCAGUCCAGAUCCUCCUGAAAACAUUGUUACUAAUGGAGUUUUAGUGUCCCGUGAAGUUUCCUGUUUGGAGGUGCAGGUGAACGGUGGGAGGAUGAGGAAGGACACUAUGGAGAGAAAGUUUGCGUUAACCGUAGACGGGUCAUAUGAAGGAACCCAGACCCACACACUGAGCUCCUGUCUCUGCCCGACCUCCCCGGCCAGGUUCCACUACAUCAAGUACAGUCAGUCGGCACUCACUGUGGCUCUACCACGGCGGAGGCAUCUCAGCAGGUCUACAUCAAGUCAAAAUGAAAGGGAUAUGAACGAGUCUGUGACUCUACCUCUAAACUCACUUCCUAUACAAGAGAAAAUAACAAUAGCAGAGGACAGGACAAUUGACUUGUACACAAAGGCAAAUGAAUGGACUCAGGGUCUGUGUUUCUGGCCAAGAAACCUAGAUGCCCGCUUGGGAUUUGACCUCUGCACUGAUGAACAGAAUUUCCUGCAAAACCGGAGGAAGGUGGUUGCUGCUGCGCUAAAGGAUGUUCUUCAUUUGGAGGAAGAUCUGCAAGAGCAUGAGGUGCCUAUAGUGGCUGUGACCACAGCAGGAUGUGGGAUAAGAGCACUCACUGGCAUGUAUGGCAGCAUUUUGGGCCUUCAAAAGUUGCGUGUUCUGGAUUGUAUUUCAUACAUCAGUGGCUCAUCUGGCACAACAUGGACAAUGACAAAGCUAUAUGAAGAUGCUGAUUGGUCACGUAAGGAUCUCGGAGAAAUAAUUAUUGAAGCACGGAAGCAAGCAGCCAAGUGCAAGAUGGGGGCUUUUUGCUUGAAAAGUCUAAGGAAUUAUUACAGAGAGCUGAGCCAAAGGACCCAAGCAGGACAUAAAACCUCUUUUAUUGAUCUGUGGGGGCUCAUGAUUGAAUCCAUGUUGAAUGAUGGGAAAAGCCACCACAGACUUUCUGAUCAACGUCAGGCAGUGAAUCAAGGUCAGAACCCUCUGCCCAUCUACCUCGCCCUGAAUGUCAAGGACAAAGUUGCCACCAAAGAUUUUAGAGAGUGGGUGGAGUUCACACCAUACGAGGUGGGCUUCCUGAAGUAUGGCGCCUUCAUUCGUGCAGAGGAUUUUGGCAGUGAGUUCUUCAUGGGGCGCCUGAUGAAGAAGCUCCCUGAGUCCCGAAUCUGUUUCAUGCAAGGAAUGUGGAGUAGUAUCUUCUCCAAAAACCUCUUGGAUGCCUGGCACGCAGCUGACAAUUCAGAGGACUUCUGGCACAGGUGGACCCAAGACAAAGUGACUGAAAUAGAGGAACAACCAGACUUGCCUGAGAAGCCAUAUGAGAUGGCCACGUGCGUUUUCACUCCUACGAGCGGCCUCUCCACAACUCUCCGGGAUAUCCUGACAGAUCGCCCUGCUGUCUCCAAGUACCACAACUUCCUAAGAGGCCUCCAGAUGCACAAUGAGUAUAUCCAGCAUGAACAUUUCACAAAAUGGAAAGACACUUUGCUAGAUACCUGUCCUAAUGACCUGAGAGGCAACUCAGAACACUUGGAGCUGGUGGAUGCAGCUUUCUUCUUUGAAACCAGUUACCCACCCCUUAUGAGACCAGAGCGGAAAGUGGAUGUCAUCAUACACUUAAAUUACACAGGGGGAUCACAGACUUUGCCCCUGGAGCAGGCUUGCACAUACUUCGCAGAGCAGGGAAUUCCAUUUCCCUGCAUUGGACUGAAGGAUGAUGAGAAGAACCUGAAAGAGUGUUACAUGUUUGAUGGUGCAGACACCCCAGGAGCUCCUCUGCUACUUUAUUUUCCAUUAGUGAAUGAUACCUUUCAAAGAUAUGUAGCACCUGGCAUGUCACGUACUGCUGCUGAAAUGGAACAGGGCAAGGUUGAUAUCUCCAGUUUCUGCUCUCCAUACUCAACCAGAGAGGUCUCACUGAAAGCAGAAGAUUUUAACAAGCUCCUGAAGCUGACUAAUUACAACAUCAUGAAUAAUGAGAACAUGAUUCUUCAGGCCUUGCGCAUGGCUGUGGCACGGAAAAAACAAGCCCUUAGCCAGCCAGUAUCACAAGCACAGCCCUCUGCUUGA